GCUUGAAGACAACAUUUAGGAGGCAUCUUCCAUUCUCUCCUCUUGCCCUUCCCUAAGCCCAGCUAUUGUCUCCUCCAUUCAUCCUCCCUCCAGUCCCUGGGAAGGUGUCUCCUGUCUCUGGGAGCUGUUUGUGUUGCACCUGCUCUGUGCACAGCAUCCUUCUUCUUCCUCCUCCUCCUCCUCCCUUUUUUGCACAUCCAGGAUCCAAAGAGGAGACACGCCUGGUACAAGAGGGGGAUACAGAAGAAUCUCAGCUCUAUAGGAGGAAAGAGAAGACCCUCAUAGCAAAGGAGAGCCGCACACAGACAUAGACACCCUCCAGCCCUUGGAAUUAAAUGCCACCUGUGUCCUGAUGGGAGAGAAAUAGAGGUGAUCCCUGAUCCUGUGGGAGGCUGAUCUGGAUAAAAGCAAAGGAGGAGAGAGCAUUGUUCCUUUGCUUUGGAUUCCAUUAUGAAAGGAGCUAAGCAGUAAAUUAAAAGGUGCAGGAUGAAAAGAUGGCGCAGGCACGACUUGUACCACCAGGGCCCGACAGCUUCCGCUAUUUUACCAGGGAGUCUCUUGAAGCCAUCGAGAAGCGCAUUGCAGAGGAGAAAGCAAAGAAGCCCAAACAAGAGAACAUUGACGAUGAUGACAAUGGCCCCAAGCCGAGCAGUGACUUGGAAGCAGGCAAAAGUCUGCCGUUCAUAUACGGCGAUAUACCUCCGGGAAUGUGUUCAGAACCACUGGAGGACCUAGACCCAUUUUAUUAUAAUCAAAAAACUUUUAUAGUAUUGAAUAGAGGGAAGGCAAUCUUCCGCUUCAGUGCCACGUCUGCCUUGUACAUUUUAACUCCUUUCAAUCCUCUUAGAAAAAUAGCUAUUAAGGUUUUGGUACAUUCAUUAUUCAGCAUGCUCAUAAUGUGCACUAUUUUGACCAACUGCGUGUUCAUGACCAUGAGUAAUCCCCCGGAGUGGGCCAAGAAUGUAGAAUACACCUUCACUGGAAUUUAUACAUUUGAGUCUCUCAUAAAAAUUCUAGCAAGAGGUUUCUGUCUAGAAAAAUUUACCUUCCUGCGAGAUCCAUGGAACUGGCUAGAUUUCAGUGUAAUUGUUAUGGCAUAUGUGACAGAGUUUGUGGACCUGGGCAAUGUCUCAGCACUGAGAACAUUCAGAGUUCUCCGAGCAUUGAAAACAAUAUCAGUCAUUCCAGGCUUGAAGACCAUUGUGGGGGCCCUGAUCCAAUCGGUUAAGAAGCUUUCGGAUGUGAUGAUCCUCACAGUGUUUUGUCUGAGUGUGUUUGCACUAAUAGGACUUCAGCUAUUCAUGGGACACCUAAGGAAUAAAUGUUUACUUUGGCCGCCACUCUACAAUAAUUUCGGAUUCAAUAUGACUUCCUACAUCAACAGCACAAUGGAUGCAAACAGCACAUUCUACAACAGUACCUUUCCAGAAUUUGUCUGGCAGGAAUACGUUGAAGACCCAACUCACUUAUACCGGUUGGAAGGCCAGAGGGACUUUUUGCUCUGCGGUAACUCUUCAGAUUCAGGUCAGUGCCCAGAAGGAUACAUCUGUGUUAAAAUCGGAAAAAAUCCUAACUAUGGCUACACGAGUUUUGACACUUUCAGCUGGGCGUUCUUAUCCUUAUUUCGGCUGAUGACGCAGGACUACUGGGAAAACUUAUAUCAACUGACCCUACGAGCUGCUGGGAAAACCUACAUGAUCUUCUUCGUAUUGGUGAUCUUCUUGGGCUCCUUCUAUUUGGUGAACUUGAUCCUGGCUGUGGUUGCCAUGGCCUAUGAAGAGCAGAACCAGGCAACUCUAGAAGAAGCUGAGCAGAAGGAAGCUGAAUUUCAGCAAAUGUUAGAACAACUUAAAAAGCAACAAGAAGAAGCUCAGGCCGCAGCUGCAGCAGCCCUAAAUUUAUCAAGAGAAUACAGUGAAGAUGGUGGCUUUGGGCCCCUUUCAGAAAGUUCAUCAGAAGCUUCCAAGCUAAGUACGAAAAGCGCCAAAGAUCGAAAGAAUAAAAUAAGGCAGAAGAAAAGAGGGGGAGACAACGAGAAAGGUGACGACGAAAAGUUCCCAAAGUCCGAGUCUGACACCAGUAUUAAAAGAAAAGGUUUCCGAUUCUCCAUUGAAGGAAAUCGAUUGACUUAUGAAAACAAGUUUUCAUCCCCGCAUCAGUCAUUGCUGAGCAUUCGUGGAUCCCUGUUUUCUCCAAGACGCAAUAGUAGAGCCAGCCUGUUCAGCUUUAGAAACCGCGCAAAAGACAUGGGCUCAGAAAAUGACUUUGCAGAUGAUGAACACAGCACCUUCGAAGACAAUGAUAGUCGGAGAGGCUCCUUGUUUGUACCUCACAGACACGGAGAAAGGCGGAACAGCAACAUAAGCCAGACCAGCAAGGCAUCCAAGACCAUCCCAAUGCUUCCGGCCAACGGCAAGAUGCACAGCACCGUGGAUUGCAACGGAGUGGUCUCUCUGCUUGGUGGUCCAUCCGACCCAACAUCGCCUGUUGGACUACUACUGCCAGAGGUGAUAAUAGAUAAACCAGCUUCUGACGACAAAGGAACUACUACGGAGACUGAGAUGAGGAAAAGGAAAUCCAGCUGUUACCAGGUAUCUAUGGAUCUGUUAGAAGAUCCCACGGUCAUGAGGCAGAGAGCGUUGAGCGUUGCCAGUAUUUUGACAAAUACGAUGGAAGAACUUGAGGAGUCCAGGCAGAAGUGUCCGCCAUGUUGGUACAAGUUUGCAAACACAUUCUUGAUCUGGGAUUGUACUCCCAAUUGGCUGAAGAUCAAGCAUGUUGUGAAGUUAGUUGUGAUGGAUCCCUUUGUGGACCUUGCCAUAACAAUCUGCAUCGUGCUGAACACACUAUUCAUGGCUAUGGAGCAUUACCCAAUGACUGAUGAGUUUAACUAUGUUCUCUCCGCUGGUAAUUUGGUUUUUACUGGAAUCUUCACAGCGGAAAUGGUUUUUAAGCUGAUUGCCCUCGAUCCAUACUAUUAUUUUCAAGAAGGUUGGAAUAUCUUUGAUGGUAUCAUAGUGAGCCUCAGUCUGAUGGAGUUGGGCCUUGCUAAUGUGGAAGGAUUAUCAGUGCUGAGGUCAUUCAGAUUGCUUCGUGUCUUCAAGUUGGCAAAAUCAUGGCCUACCCUGAACAUGCUGAUCAAGAUCAUCGGUAACUCAGUGGGAGCUUUGGGAAACCUGACCUUGGUGUUGGCCAUCAUCGUCUUCAUCUUUGCCGUGGUCGGCAUGCAGCUGUUUGGUAAAAGUUACAAGGAAUGUGUCUGUAAGAUCUCAGAUGACUGUGAACUUCCCCGCUGGCACAUGAACGACUUCUUCCACUCCUUCCUGAUUGUGUUCCGAGUACUAUGUGGAGAAUGGAUCGAGACCAUGUGGGACUGUAUGGAGGUGGCGGGACAAUCUAUGUGCCUCUUGGUGUUUAUGUUAGUGAUGGUCAUUGGGAAUCUUGUGGUUUUGAAUUUGUUCCUGGCCUUGUUGCUGAGUUCAUUUAGUUCCGACAACCUCACAGCUACAGACGAUGACAAUGAGAUGAACAAUCUCCAAAUUGCUGUGGGAAGGAUACAAAGGGGAAUAGAUUUUUUCAAAAAAACAGUCCGUGAAUGCCUCCAAAAAGCCUUUGUUAAGAAACAGAAAGCUCUAGAUGAAAUAAAACCAUUAGAAGAGCUUCACAACCGAAAGGAAAGUUGUCUAUAUAACCAUAACGCAGUCGACAUAAAUAAAGACCUAGAUUAUCACAAAGGUGGGAAUGGAACUACGAGUGGAAUGGGCAGCAGUGUGGAAAAGUACAUUAUCGACGAGAGUGAUUACAUGUCAUUCAUACAUAACCCCAGCCUCACGGUUACUGUCCCCAUCGCUGUUGGGGAAUCUGACUUUGAGAAUCUCAAUACAGAAGAUUUCAGCAGUGAAUCCGAUCUUGAAGAAAGUAAAGAGAAGCUGAACCUAACCAGUUCAUCUGAAGGGAGCACCGUGGAUAUCAGACCUCCUGGGGUAGUUGUGGAAGGAGAAGGAGAGCUGGUGGAGUUAGAACCAGAGGAGGCUCUGGAGCCAGAUGCCUGCUUUACAGACGGAUGUGUAAAGAGAUUCCCAAUUUGUCAUGUGAAUAUUGAUGAAAAAAAUGGCAAGUUAUGGUGGACAUUUAGGAAAACCUGUUACACGAUUGUGGAACACAACUGGUUUGAAACCUUCAUCAUCUUCAUGAUCCUUCUCAGCAGUGGAGCUCUGGCCUUCGAAGACAUUUACAUCGAGCAGCGGAAAACAAUUAAGACCAUGCUGGAAUAUGCGGAUAAAGUGUUCACAUACAUCUUUAUACUUGAGAUGCUUCUGAAGUGGGUGGCCUAUGGAUUUGUAAAAUAUUUCACCAAUGCCUGGUGCUGGCUGGACUUCCUGAUUGUUGAUGUUUCUCUUGUUAGCUUAGUUGCUAAUGCCUUGGGAUAUUCAGAACUAGGGGCUAUUAAGUCUCUAAGAACAUUAAGGGCAUUGAGACCACUAAGAGCCCUCUCACGAUUUGAAGGGAUGAGGGUGGUUGUGAAUGCGUUGAUCGGAGCUAUUCCCUCCAUUAUGAACGUGCUGCUGGUCUGUCUUAUAUUUUGGUUAAUUUUCAGCAUUAUGGGAGUGAAUCUUUUUGCGGGAAAGUAUUAUCACUGUGUCAAUACUACGACAGGUGAAAUGUUUCUCGAUACGGAAGUUAAUAAUAAAUCAGAAUGUUUGCAGCUGAUACGGGCAAAUCAAAGUGCUCGAUGGAAGAACGUAAAAGUAAAUUUCGAUAAUGUGGGAGCAGGGUACCUUGCGCUACUUCAAGUGGCAACAUUUAAAGGCUGGAUGGAUAUUAUGUAUGCUGCAGUGGAUUCACGGAAGUUAGAGGAUCAGCCUAAAUAUGAAGACAACCUCUACAUGUAUUUAUACUUUGUCAUCUUCAUCAUAUUUGGCUCCUUUUUCACUCUGAACCUCUUUAUUGGUGUCAUCAUUGACAACUUCAACCAACAGAAAAAGAAGUUUGGAGGUCAGGAUAUCUUCAUGACAGAAGAACAGAAAAAAUACUAUAAUGCAAUGAAGAAACUGGGAUCUAAAAAGCCACAAAAGCCCAUUCCAAGACCACCGAACAAAUAUCAAGGCUACGUUUUUGACCUUGUGACAAGGCAGGCGUUUGACAUCACCAUCAUGAUCCUUAUUUGCCUUAACAUGGUCACAAUGAUGAUUGAAACAGAUGAGCAAAGUGAUGAUAUGGAGAACUACUUGUAUUGGAUCAACAUGGUCUUCAUUGUCCUGUUCACUAGUGAAUUUGUCCUAAAACUCAUCUCUCUGCGUCAUUAUUACUUCACCAUUGGAUGGAACAUUUUUGAUUUUGUUGUUGUUAUUCUGUCCAUUGUAGGUAUGUUUCUGGCGGACAUGAUUGAAAAUUAUUUUGUCUCUCCAACAUUAUUCAGAGUCAUAAGACUUGCCAGGAUUGGAAGAAUUUUGCGUCUCAUAAAAGGAGCAAAGGGGAUCCGUACUUUGCUUUUUGCUUUGAUGAUGUCACUUCCUGCUUUAUUCAAUAUUGGUCUUCUGCUCUUCUUAGUCAUGUUCAUUUACGCCAUCUUUGGAAUGUCCAAUUUUGCUUACGUCAAGAAAGAAGCGGGAAUCGAUGAUAUGUUUAAUUUUGAAACUUUUGGCAACAGUAUGAUUUGCCUAUUCCAGAUUACGACAUCGGCUGGCUGGGAUGGUCUGUUGGCACCAAUUCUUAACAGUGGAGCUCCAGACUGUGACCCUAAUGCAGAACAUCCAGGGAGUUCUGUCAGGGGUGAUUGUGGUAACCCCUCUGUUGGGAUCUUCUUCUUUGUUAGUUAUAUUAUCAUAUCAUUUUUAGUGGUGGUAAACAUGUACAUUGCUGUCAUUUUGGAGAACUUUAGUGUUGCCACUGAGGAAAGUGCAGAACCUCUAGGAGAGGAUGACUUUGAAAUGUUCUAUGAAGUUUGGGAAAAGUUUGAUCCGGAUGCAACACAAUUCAUUCAGUACAGUAAGUUGCCUGACUUUGCUGAUGCACUGGAUCCACCGCUUCGUAUACCAAAACCAAACAGAGUUCAGCUUAUUGCAAUGGAUCUUCCCAUGGUAAGCGGUGACAGAAUUCACUGCCUCGACAUCUUGUUUGCCUUUACAAAGCGUGUGUUGGGUGAAGGCGAUGAGAUGGAUAAUCUCCGCCAACCAAUGGAAGAAAGGUUUAUGGCCUCCAACCCUUCAAAGGUCUCUUAUGAACCAAUUACAUCAACGUUACGGAGAAAACAAGAGGAACUGUCUGCUCUUAUUAUUCAGCGUUGUUUCCGGCAAUAUCUUUUAAGGAAAACUAUUAAAAAAGCUUCAUAUAUGUAUAAAAAAGAAAAAAUGAAAGAAGCAAAUAGCUUACCUAUUAAAGAAGACAUGGUUAUUGAUAAGCUUAAUGGGAACUCAACUACUGAGAAGACAGACAUGACACCCUCUACAACAUCACCUCCAUCUUACGAUAGUGUAACAAAACCCGAGAAGGAAAAACAUGAAAAGGACAAAGCAGAAAAAGAGGACAAAAGCAAAGAUGCCAGGGAGAAUAAAAAAUAAAACUGCACAUUUUUUUUUCAUUUGUGUGACAAAUUGUUUACAACCUGUGAAGAUGACCCAUCUGUGUCAACAGGACUCCUUUAGGAGAUUUAUGCCAAACUGACAGUUCUUGCAUAUAUGUACUUAAGGUCAGUGCCUAUAAUAAGACAGUGACCUCUUGUCAAGAGAUGGUGUAUCAAGCUUGACUGGUGGUUACUGCUUAAAAACCAGUAGACACUUACUCUGGAAGCCACCAGAGGCUUCUCGGCCUGUUGGGACCAGUCAAGGGAAUGCAAACCUAUACUGUUUGUGUGUUUCACAUAAAACACUAGUACAAUAAUUGUGUCUACUGUUUGCAUUUUUAGUUACCAUAAUUCCAUAUGUUUACAGAACUUGUGUUAGUGAAUUCAUCAUUUUUUUUAAUUUGUACACCAUUUUAUUUAUAUAUGUGACUAUUUUUGUACAUGGGUUUUCCAGUAUGCUGAGGAUAAAGUACAACCUUUAAGAAAAUUAUUCCAAGUCUAUGAAAAAAUACAGACGACCACACACUGUACACGUGAAGAAGUCAUUCACACCAACUCAACGGCACGAGUAGGAAACAAACAGGCACACCUAAGCUAUUUCUUAAUAGUGGCACCAAUAUAGGGAUUAGUAUAGAAGAUUGUAUAAGAAUACCCAUUUUGGUCAGAAGAAUUCACCAUGAGAUAAGAAAGUGUGUAUCCUAACAAAAAGCAAAUUAUAAAUGGUAGUAGUCCAGUUCUAAAGUAAUUUUGAUGCACAAGGUUAGAGUAACCACGGAGCUUUCCGAUCUGUAUCUGUUGAAGGUUCGAGAUCAUGUGAUAUUAAAUCUUUGCGUUCGAGAUUAUUUAAAAUAAAAAUUUGAAAAAACAAGAACUAGAAAUGACUACUGUUAUAUAGUAUCUGGGACUAUAAAUGGAAAGUGUAAAUGGAGACAAUAGAUCAAAAAAUAAUAAAGGCUCUAGAUAUAUAUAUAUAAAGCGGACAGAAGAGUUUAAUGAAGAUGACGUCUUUCAAUAUAAAUAUAUUAUUGCUAGAGGGAUAUUUUAUUGAAUUUUAUUUAAAAUUAAAACACAUUCAUGUGCUAUAUAGCAAUGUAGGGAAGUGUGGUGGUGAGUAGAUGGGAAGAUAAUAUAUUUAAAAUCUUUGUAUUAUAAAAAAUGAAAAGAAAAAAAAAUAAAGUUCAAAAUGGAAAACACUAGACUUACUAUAGCAAGUUGUUGAAGAUGAAGCAUAAUCUCAAAAGUAUCAGAAAGUUUAAGGCUUUUCUAUGACCCAUAAUGUGCCUGAGACAUCCCGAGCCUUUUUGUAAUAUGGAAUCCCAUGGGGGGGGGGGGGGGGGUUGCCAAAGGACAGAUAAUGCUUAUUGUGCUUGCCCUGAUUUCUCUGUCUGCCCACAUGUACUGAAUAUACAGACUGCUCCCACUUGAAGCACAACAUCAUUCAGUUCGAAAGUGUUCCAUAGUGGAAUGUAUGACAAAAAAUAUUAAGGGAAAAAAAACAUAUCUCCCUAUGCGGAGCACCACCUAUUCUCAAUUUGUAAUAAAAAAAAAGUGGGUGUAACAUGUAUUGGGCCCAUCCAUUGGGAUGGUUGGACAGCACCGAUUUGCGAGUCUCCAGUUUUGUAAAACCCUCUUGUAUACAAAAUAAAUUUCUUGUUUUCGGAUCCAGAUCCUAAGAACGGCCAAUGUGUACUUCACCAAUCUAUGUUUGAUGAUGAGAUCAAUGAUGUUAGAGGUUACAUUUCUGUCCGCAGACAACAGGCUGAUGUUAUAUCACUUGAUGAAGUGUUCCACACAGAUGCUUUCAUGACACGUAAGAAGGUGUAUCAUUUAUUUAUUUUUCGCUGGUGAAACCAAGUUAACCAAUAAAUGGGCGUCUUCCCUGAAUGAUUGUAAUUAUUUUUUGACACCUUAAGUCAUGCAAAAGAAACUGUCGCUUCGUUGAUGACAAACUAGCUGUGUUACACUGUUGCCAAAACCAGUUGUGUACUGUCUUAACAAUUCUGUGUUACAAAAGAAAGUGAUAGUACUUUAAAUUGUUAAUGUAGACUCGGUCUUUUGAGAAAUGCAAGUGUUUUUGAUAAUAUAUUAACAAACUGUCUUGAAUGUACAUUGUAGAUAAAUCGGCAAUUGUAUUCCACUUAGCAUGUCACUGUAUGGGACUUGUUUCAAAUAUAUUCCAUACAAAGUGUCUUAAUUCUAUAUUUUUGCUCUGAUACAGUGUACAUGAGAUGGACAGAUGCUACAUUAAUCUAACACAGGGACCCCAUUUGUCAUAUGUUAUUUAUUAUUAUUUAUUUUCAUUUUAUUUAUUUAUUUAUUUUUUAUUCUCUGAAAAUCUUUAACUGGAACUUUAUGUGGCAUUUUCUAAGGUUCGUUCUUUCAGCGAAUAGUUUCAAUUAAAUAAAGAAAUAUGUAUUGGCUACUUUAAUAACAUUUUGGUUAUGUGACAUAAUUUAAGGUUUUAUUU